GCCUCAUCUCUGUCAGUCAUCAGUUUUUGCAAUUUCUCAACGGUAUCUCAUCUCAAAUUGUCAUUCUCAUCAACUCAAUGGCAAUGCCGGUUCGUCAGAAACCAGAUUAGGGUCAUCACGCGUGCAGGCUAUUGACUUCAAGGAAUUCUGGGGUUGCUAUUGUGGCUUGUUUGCGGGGCUUAAUUGGCCUCUUCAUCAAGGGAUUUACCGUUUUGUAUGGCGCUGUUUGAAUUUUAUACCAGGAUAUGUUAAUGGUGUUGGGUUUAUUUUCAAGGUCUCCAACUUUUGGUUGCAUUAUUCUUUCCAAGUGUAUAUCAUCUUUCCCUAGGCAGAUUACAGUUGGGGCCUUCUAGUGAAACAUUGAGGCGUCGUCGCAUGCUGGUCGGCGCUCACAAGUGCAUGCGUUUUGCGUUCACCCUAGGUGGGACUAAGCAUGGAUUCCUCACGAGGAACAACGAUUUUUUACCGUGUUGAUCAAGAAGUAAACUAUCCAGGGGGUUAUGGCGACGUGUUCCAUGAGAGGAUAGGGCAAUACGUUUUAUAUUUACCAGCAUUGGAAGAAAGGGUAGCGGAGUGGAUCAAGGAGCACCCGGUGAUAUGGAAUGUCGGAAUGGGACAUGCAGCUUCGUUUUCACGGACCUUGAGCAGGCUCUUGUUUGAGCGCACCAAGGACAUAUCUGGGCCAUACGACCAAAUUACACGUGUGAGCCUACCACCUGAAGCAGGCAGGAGUACAGGAAAUCAUUGGCUGGCAUUUGAGGUCCUUAUGGAAAUGGCAAGAACCCUUGAAUUGCCACAGCGUGACAAAGAAGAGGUUCUAAAGCUCAAGCAACUCGCCGCAGAAGAGUGCUACUUCGGCUAUGGCACACUCUCCGAAAACCUGAUGCUCAGGGCGCUUGGACGUCAGUACGUUGAGUUGUUUGGAUCACUGUCCGUGGCGUGGGACCAUAGCUACGACCGUCAACACUGCUACUCCCUACUAUUAGAGAGGAUCCAAGAAGCAUUGCAAGGAAAGAGGCAUCUGCUGCUCGUAGAGAACCUGCAUGCUCCUGCCACACUGGAGGUGUUGGUUCACAUAAUGAGGAGACGGCGGCCAUCACCAUACCAGAACCGGUGGCUCAUCUCAACCACUUCGAAGGAUGUAUAUGACAGAAGCAGAUGGGUUAGGGGUGCUGAUGCCUACGGCGACGAAUGGCGUUUAAGUCUAGAAUAUUACCAUGCCCCCAAUUUUGAUGGUCUCCGCUACGACAGGGAUUGGGCUGUGCUGAUCGGAGAGGCCUUACGGGAUGCAGCCAACUCCAUCCAUAACGCACUCCAGCAGCAAGGGCGAGACGAGGAGUUCUGGCUCGGCAUAGCUAUGAACUGCUUCUAUUAUGCUAUCCUCUACCAUCCACUGCAGCUUGGAGCUGCUGGACGUCAAGAAACAAGCAACGCCUUAUUUGUUAGCUCUGACGAGCUGGUUCGCUGUUGGGUAGCUGAGGAUCUGGUUUUCACAGAAACAAGCCCCACCGAUACACCAGCGGCCAGCUGCGGUGAGAAAAGGAACAGUAACUACUACAGGUCUGCAUAUGAAGCUGGAAAGGUCAUCUUUCAUGCCUUGCAAGAAUAUUCAUUACUGCCAAUCUAUUCUGUUUCUAGCCAAACAAGCAACCCUUCAUCGUCCAUGGAUGCCGUUACUGGCCUAUCAAAGCUAGCAGGGGGAGUCCCCCGGCUCAAACAUGAUGAACUCUUUGAUCAUCAGAAGAGCGACCAGCUAAGAUGGGUCUCAUUUAUGAAAGACGAUGGUAGGCAUGUAAGCUGGAACUGGAGUUUCCAGUAUAUGCCCAGAAAUAUACCUGGAGAGAUGAACAUGACAACCCUUAUUCUAAGAGGUUGCUCAAAUAUAUCAUCAGGCUUUCAACUAGUGUUGAUCCACUACCUCCGUGUCCUUGAUCUGUCCUAUACACCAAUAAAUUCACUUCCUUCUUGGAUUUCUCGCCUAUCGAAUCUUGCCUUGCUCUCGCUCAGGGGCUGCUCUAAGCUUGAUAACUUAUCUCCGCAAGCACCUGCAUCUGUGAAAGAAACUUCAACACUUUCUCACCUUGGAAAACUUCAAGUCCUUGAUAUGAAUGGGGUUCCCUUGCUCGAGCUAACCCAACAAGAUGGCAGCAACAAGAGCAACCUGCACUACCUUGAUCUGUCGGGUUCAAGACUUACCACUCUGCCUUCUAAGUUCUUCUGUGAAAUGCCAUGUCUUGAGGAGCUCAUUCUGGGAAAUUGCUCCCAUCUCGAAACAUUGCCUCCUUCUUUGGCUAAAUUGUCCAAUUUGUUGAUCCUUCAUGUGGAGGGAACUCGGAUUUCUUAUUUUCCAGAGGGUGCAUUCGAAGCGAUGCAAAGACUGCAUACACUAAAGCUCAUAAGCAACACGCUAUUGGUAUCACUUCCAAUAUCACUCUCUAAAGCCAAAGGCCUCAAAGAGCUGCAUAUUUAUAAUUGUAUUAGCUUAAGGAUUGAGUUUCUCUGGGAAUUAUUAUCAUGCCUUGAAGAUCUUUAUAUACAAGGAUGGGAAGCCUUGGAAGAUAUCCAAAUCCUGGAGCAUCCUAACCUAAAAACCUUCUCACUCUCUGGAAAACGGGUUAGGUGCCUGUCCUUGCGUGGGUGCAGCAGGCUAAAAACCGUGGACUUCAGUGAUGAUCUCACGGCCUUGGAGGAUGUUGAUCUUUCAGGAACAGCUAUUGAGGAGGUCCCUCACAUCCUCCUAAAUCUGCCACAACUCAGGAUGCUACUUCUUCUUAAUGUCCCCUGUUAUAAGAGAUUCCCAUGGCAUCAAUUGGUUAGGUUUCCCAAGGUUUUCUAUUUGGAUCACUGUGCUGAUGAUUAUAACCAGGCUUUGAUGAUGUUUUGCCAGCAGAAAACAUGUGCAGAUGGGAAUCAGUAUAGACAGAGAAGUACCAAUACUGCUGAGAUCAACAUAAAUGACCCCAGUAUAUUUCAUAGCUUCAACUCAGAUGCUGCUGAGAAGUUAAUCAAGGAAGGACAGUUUCUCCAGUGUUUCAAUGUCCAUGUUAAACCAAAGAGUGUGAGAUGCAUGGAGCCGAAGAACAAAGGUGAGAUAUGUACCAAGAUCGAGAAGCAAUCACCUUAUCUUGAUGUGCAUUCUUCCGAGGCAGAUAGCAUUGUGCGCAUGAUGGAACUUCAGCCAAAAGAACGCCAUGUGGAGAUAUCUGCAAAUAAUCGGUACCCAUAUGGAUUAAGGCAUCUUCUCUCCGUCACAAAGUCAAUAUUCAUGACGGAUGAUUGUUUUGUAAGUUGCCUUAACGAACUGAAUUAUAUUAUGAUGUCUCUAGAAGAAUGCCAGCUCAUGCACUGCCAUAAAAUGGAAGUAGUAUUGAAAAUGCAUUCACAAGGGGCAGGAAAAAUAUUGCCCAGGGGUAAUACGAUGUUAAUAACCCCAGAGGUAUUUCCGUCCCUAAAGAUACUCCAGGUCUCCAAUCUAAAUAACCUAAUAAGCCUGGUCGAGCCUGGUGAUCUGACAUUUUCUAAGUUGCUCACUCUGAAUUUACUAAAUCGCAUUCACCUUGAGCACUGUCCACGUCUGGAGAAGCUUUUCCCAUGUAGUUUAUCAUUACCUGCCCUAGAGACUCUGGUGAUCCUGUUCUGCUCCAACCUGAAGAUAAUUUUCUACAAUAAAGACAAGAGCGCAAAUUCCGAUCGAGAACGUUACUACGAGGUAGCACGUUCUCCACUCCCAAACAUCAGAAGUAUCUGCCUCCAAGAGCUGCCACAGCUGAAGCACUUCCAUGACGAUGUCACAUUUAAAUUUGAAACACCAAAGUGGGAGAAGCUCUUUGUCCGAGGCUGCCCAUCCUUUCAACGUCUCCCACUAUUGAUGAAGGAAUAUCCAAAGCCAAAGGUGGAAGUGAGCGGAGAGCGUGAAUGGUGGGGCAAGCUGCAGUGGAGCCUUCGAGGGCAAAGCCACUACUACUUGCACGUGCCGCCACCGGAGUUUGUAUCACACAAGAAACAUAUCAUCAGAAGCUACCUUAGGUGAGCUUCGUUCAUUUCCACUCCCAGGAUGUAUGGCUUGUAUCCUGCAUUGUGUUCGAGUAUGUUCUGCUUUCUACGUAAUAUUGUUUUGUCAAGGGACACGUCAUCCCUUUGAUGGUUUGUUCGGAUCUAUUUGGUGUGGUUUGUGUGUAAAAUAAUUGGCAAUUCUGCUUGCCAUGAAUCCAAGCUUUAUGUGUAUGGAUUGGUGUGCUGAGAAUGAAUUUCAAGCUACCUGUAAUUUGCAGCGAUACAUGUAACAUCGCUUUCUCUC